AUUUAUAUAACAUAUAAUAUAUAGUAUGCAUUUUCCAGUUUUAUAUUUCAUUUUAGAUUUUGAGUGGAAUGAUUUAUCUUUUUUGACAUUGUUCUUGGAGGUUUUUGUACGCCUUGGGUUUUAGCAAGCCUUCUGAUUUAGAUAAGUUUCAUCAAAGUUAUUUAUUUUUAGUAUUCUUGUGCGUGGAAUAUACAUGUAAUUACAUUUUUUGGGUCCUACAUUAAACAAGGUGGGUCAUUUACGUUUGGUUUCGUACAAACUAAAUUGAUCCUUGUUGAUUUUUCAUUUAUUGUGUUAGUACAUGUGUGAAUAAACCCUGUAGAUAUUUGGUGGACAAGACUCAAGAGUCACCAAUUUAUAUCCAUGGUUGGUACUGAGAGGAGCAAGAUGGUGGUAUAUAGCUAUAUAUAGCAUGUACACUUGAGAAGUUCAGAGUGGGAAAAUCUUUCCCUGAUUUUGGGGCCCUCUUGGCAGGUACACUAGGUUGGCUAAGUUCCAGAGAUGGAGCAGUAUGAAGUUCUAGAGCAGAUUGGGAAAGGUUCUUUUGGUUCUGCUCUUCUCGUGAGGCAUAAGCAUGAAAAUAAGAAGUAUGUCCUGAAGAAGAUUCGUCUUGCCCGACAAACUGAUAGGACUCGCCGUUCUGCGCACCAAGAGAUGGAGCUGAUUUCUAAAGCACGAAAUCCAUUUAUUGUGGAGUACAAAGAUUCAUGGGUAGAAAAGGGUUGCUUUGUAUGCAUUAUUAUAGGAUAUUGUGAAGGCGGAGACAUGGCAGAAGCUAUUAAAAGAGCUAACGGUGUUCAGUUUCCUGAAGAGAAACUUUGUAAAUGGCUUGUUCAACUCUUGAUGGCACUUGAUUAUUUGCAUGCAAAUCAUAUCCUUCAUCGUGAUGUAAAGUGUUCAAAUAUAUUUUUGACUAGGGAUCAAGACAUACGCUUAGGUGAUUUUGGUCUUGCGAAAAAGUUGACUUCCGAUGAUCUUGCUUCUUCUGUUGUGGGAACUCCAAGUUAUAUGUGCCCUGAACUUCUUGCUGAUAUACCAUAUGGGUCCAAGUCUGAUAUUUGGUCUUUAGGAUGCUGUGUAUAUGAAAUGGCUGCUCACAAAUCUGCUUUCAAAGCAUUUGAUAUGCAAGGUCUGAUAAACAAAAUAAAUAAGUCCAUAGUGGCUCCCCUUCCAACUAUGUACUCUGUUGCAUUUAGAAGCCUUGUUAAAAGCAUGCUGCGAAAAAAUCCAGAAUUUAGACCAAGUGCUGCAGAGUUGCUUGGUCAUCCUCAUCUUCAACCUCAUAUCCUAAAGGUUCACAUGAAAUUAAAUAGUCCUCGACGGAAUACUUUUCCAAUGACAUGGUCUGAUUCUAACUACAUAAAGAAGACAAGGUUUAUGGAGCCUUCAGUUGUUCCAGUCCAUAUAAUCAGGGAGAAAAGACAGUCACUCAGCAAUGACAGGGCUCUAAAUCCCAGUAUAUCUGGAACUGAACAGGAUUCACUAUGUUCUUCCAAAAUGACGCAAAGAUUCCCAAGUUGUUUGGAUUAUAAGUUUACUGAAUUGUCCAUUGGCAGCUGCAGUUCUCAUGAAAAAUAUGAAAUGGAAAAGUCAGUAACGAAAAAAUUCUCAAGUGUCACUCAAACUCCACGAUUGACACCAGUAAAACAUUCUAUUACUCCAAGGAGACAGAUAACAACGACCAAGAUUCCUCAUAUUGCCUCAAAACGUGAUUCGCUUCCAAUGUCGCACAUUCCAGCAAAAUCUGCAUCCCAGGUUACAAGGAGAGCAUCCCUUCCAUUGGCAACUAGAGGCACAGCUUUGGAAUCCCCUUACAGAAAUAAUAUUGGUCUCCUUCACAGUGUGGAUUCUCCAGAUGUCUCUGUCAAUGCCCCACGAAUUGACAGGAUUGCUGAAUUCCCCUUAGCCUCUUCAGAAGACCCUAUUUUUCCCACCCGAAAAAUCUCAUCGACAUCAACAUCAGCCCAGUGUUCUUCUUCUGCAGACAUUGCAGCAGACCGCUCAAUCAUGAAGGACAAGUGCACAGUACAGGUUGUAGAAAAAGCGUUUUCUAGGCGCAGCAUCUCAGACCGGAGUCAUGGAGAUGUAAAAAAUGGAAGUGAGCCAUCUGAGUACAACCCUACAGGAGCAUACCACAAGUCAUCUCCUGAGUCACAACAGCAUCGAUUUGACACAUCAUCCUACCAGCAACGUGCCGAGGCUUUGGAAGGACUGUUGGAGUUUAGUGCACGUCUCUUGCAGCAGGAACGGUUCGAAGAGUUGGGUGUGCUGUUAAAACCAUUUGGACUAGAGAAGGUUUCUCCGAGGGAGACUGCCAUUUGGUUGGCUAAAAGCUUCAAGGAGACUGCUACAUAACAUAGAUGGAAAUCCUAAUGUUGGUUCAUUUGAUUCUGUUGUUUACACUUUGUAAAUUGUACAUGAAAGAUGUCGAUGAAGUUCAGAGAGCUGUCUUCAAACUUAGAAGACACUCCUUAACUAGUAAUGUUAGAAUUUGAUUGAUAGAUUAGGCUUCACGGGUGAUUGUGUUUGUUUUGUUUGUAUUUUCAGAUACAAUCUUUUUUUUUUCCCGCAUUAAUACUUGUUUUAAUUUUUGAUGCAA